UGAUAUAUUAUGAGCUAAAAUAACAUACGCAACCAUUUAACUAGUAGAUUUAGAAAUGGGUGGGGUUUAUUUCUUAGGGGGUGUGGUCACAUGUUUAGAGGAGGAGUUCAAAUACCCUGAAAGUAGCUGCCUUAUAAAAAAACACAGCUGUCUGGAAGUUCAUGAUACUGAAGGCAGAGGGGAGAGAGACAGCUUCAGACAGGCACAGAAAAAGAGAAAGCUUCAGACAGGCACAGAAAAAGAGACAGCUUCAGACAGGCACAGAAAAAGAGACAGCUUCAGGCAGGCACAGAAAAAGAGACAGACUCAGAGUGCAGGAGCUUCAGACAGACACAGAUUAUUGGAUGAUGCACUUUUAGCGAGUGGGGAGAGAUCUGGGUCCUGCAAAGCUUCAGGGAUCAUUCACAUUUCAGAGACGCUGAGGAGCAGGAUCUUCCCCAGGACCACUCAGAGGAGCAGCACUCAGGGAUGAGUGGUGCCCGGGUGCCCCUGCGCAGGAGAGCCAGCACCCCCCUGCCUAGCUCACACCAGAGCCACUCGCAGGUCACCCCCCAGGUCCCAGACACAACCUCAUCCAAGAUGGCCCUGGGUGCCCACUGCACGGUCUCCUCGGAUUCGGGGGGCUCGGACUCAGGGGGCGAUGCCCUCUUCAGGGUAGUUUUGCUUGGAGAUCCUGGGGUCGGCAAAUCCAGCCUGGUUGGAAUCUUCAGGAGGGAGCAGGAACGUGAAAACCAAGAACAGCAACAGCAAGAGAUGUACGACUGCACAUUCACGGUGGAUGGAGAAGAGACAACGCUGUUACUCAUGGACACGUGGGAGUCCGAGCUUCGGAGGGCCCCGGGGGGCUCCGACAGUCCCAUGCGAAUGGGCCACGCGUACAUUAUCGUGUACUCAGUAACCGAUCGCUCAAGCUUUGAAAGUGCCUCUGAGCUGCGUAUACAGCUGAGACGGACCCGCCAGGCAGAAAACAUUCCUAUAAUCCUCGUGGGGAAUAAGACGGAUCUAGUCCGCAGCCGGGAGGUGUCCGUGGAAGAGGGUCGCGCAUGUGCCGUGGUGUUUGAUUGUAAGUUUAUUGAGACCUCGGCCGUCCUGCAGCACAAUGUCCGAGAGCUAUUUGAGGGAAUGGUGCGUCAGAUACGUCUGCGGAGAGAUGGAGCGGACCCGGGCGAGAGCUGCCGGGUGCGGAGUCAGCGCAAGGAGAGCCUGAGCAAGAGAGCGCGCAGGUUCCUGGACCGGCUGGUAACUCGAAACAGUAAGGCAGUCCUGAGGGUGCACUCACGCUCCUGCCACGACCUGUCGGUACUCUGAGUGGCUCCUGGACGGAUGAGCUUCUCCCUGCUCAAUGACUGACGUGGCGGCGCAUGCGCACUUGCCUCUGGCACUGCCCGGGACACGCAAUAUCCGCAGGCAUGCGCAAAACCGGCAAAGACCUGAAAGACUGAGCGCCUCCUCGGCCGGAGCAACGUCUUCUUCAAACGGAUAGAUCAGAGGACGUCAUUACUUAUUGUAACUUAGUUGCACCAUUUUGGAUGUCACCUUUUCUCUUUUGUUGCACCCAGAUUAAUAAUCAGUCCAUGGACUCUGAA